AGAAAAUGGAGAUCUGCAAAGCUGGAAACGAAAGGGGCUGCGGUUCAACGUCAAGCGAUUCUGCUUCACUGUAGGGGAGGAGCCUAUAGUCUGUCAAUAACGAUCACCUUGGUUCACUUAGCAAGUCUUUCCCGGAUGGACAGGAUCCAGUCCACAUUGCAUCCUCAGUUUGCUUUGGUGGCGAAUCGCAUCUCUGCAUGUCUGGCAGACAUAUCAGUGUGGAUGACGGAUCACCACCUCAAGCUGAACCUCGGCAAGACGGAGCUGCUCUUCCUCCCGGGGAAGGACUGCCCGUUCCAUGAUCUCGCCAUCACGGUUGACAACUCCAUUGUGUCCUCCUCCCAGAGCGCUAAGAACCUUGGCGUGAUCCUGGACAACACCCUGUCGUUCUCAACUAACAUCAAGGCGGUGGCCCGUUCCUGUAGGUUCAUGCUCUACAACAUCCGCAGAGUACGACCCUGCCUCACACAGGAAGCGGCGCAGGUCCUAAUCCAGGCACUUUUCAUCUCCCGUCUGGAUUACUGCAACUCGCUGUUGGCUGGGCUCCCUGCCUGUGCCAUUAAACCCCUACAACUCAUCCAGAACGCCGCAGCCCGUCUGGUGUUCAACCUUCCCAAGUUCUCUCACGUCACCCCGCUCCUCCGCUCUCUCCACUGGCUUCCAGUUGAAGCUCGCAUCCGCUACAAGACCAUGGUGCUUGCCUACGGAGCUGUGAGGGGAACGGCACCUCAGUACCUCCAGGCUCUGAUCAGGCCCUACACCCAAACAAGGGCACUGCGUUCAUCCACCUCUGGCCUGCUCGCCUCCCUACCACUGAGGAAGUACAGUUCCCGCUCAGCCCAGUCAAAACUGUUCGCUGCUUUAGCCCCCCAAACGGUGGAACAAACUCCCUCACGACGCCCGAGUCAAUCACCACCUUCCGGAGACACCUGAAACCCCACCUCUUUAAGGAAUACCUAGGAUAGGAUAAGUAAUCCUUCUCACACACCCCCCCUUUAAGAUUUAGAUGCACUAUUGUAAAGUGACUGUUCUACUGGAUGUCAUAAGGUGAAUGCACCAAUUUGUAAGUCGCUCUGGAUAAGAGCGGUCUGCUAAAUGACUUAAAUGUAAAUGUAAAUGUAAAGAAAUGCAUGUCGGUGUUGGGAACAUGGCACCAGCAUACCUCUAUCUUUCUCUCUUGGGCUAGGCCCAAGCUUUUCUUCCUUUAUGUAGAUGUUAUAUAAUAUCAUAUAGUGGACAUCUAGGCCUGUAUGCAUGUAAUGCCCUGAUGCAUUUAGCGCUCAAAUCUCUAACAGUUAAAUGGGGAGUUGGACAGUUAAUGUUUGAGGACAGUAAAAACCAAUGAAACAAUAGGCUAUGAAGUUUUGAAUAUGCUACCCUUCGAAACACAACACGUAUUUUUUUUGUAAUUUGUUAUAGGCAGUUUUUAAGGACAUGUAGGGCCUAAAUACAUUUCGCCAAUAUCACUUGUUUAUUGAUGGAGCAGCGCCCAGUCUGAGGUUUCUUUCUCCUGCUCUUUCUACUCUCUGAUCUGAACAGGUUUUUUGAAAAUGACUUCAUGCAUAUCAGGUCGGGUGGGAAAGCCCCAGAUCCAUUUUGGAACGGGUCCAACUUUUUGGACCUGUGAUGACCCCUAACACAGGGUGCCCGAGGACAGGAUUCAAUGACCUGCAUUCAAGAUCAACUGUACUUGUGACUAUAUGGGGCGGCAGGUAGCCUAGUGGUUGGAGGGUUUGACCAAUAACCGAAAGGUUGCAAGAGCAAAUCCCCAAGCUGACAAGGUAAAAAUCUGUCGUUCUUCCCCUGUACAAGGCAGUUAAUCCACUGUUCCUAGGCCGUCAUUGAAAUAAGAAUUUGUUCUUAACUGACUUGCUAAUUUAAAUAAAGGUAAAACGUUUUUUUUUUUUUUAAAUAGAGUGGUUUGAGAAUUGGGUCUAAUGCCAGAACUACUUGCAUACGCUAGACAGAAGUUAUGUAAUUAGAACGCAUCCUGUUCCCUGUAUUAUGUCAACUUACAUUUCCAGUUUUUCUUGUUGCACAAGUUCAGAUUUGGCAUGCAAGCAGUUGUUUUAAUGGAAGUGUAUUGCUACAAGCAAAGUGCAAUUAUCAUAAUGUAGAAUUAUACAGCAUUUAGCCUCUACACAGGGGUUCCCAAACUUUUUCACUCUUCCAGCAUUGGGAAACAUCCCGCGCCACCCCUGCACAAGCACUGUUCAUGAUACAAACUGUUCACACCCCUCUUGUUAGUGGAGAGAAUUUUGCAGGUUUAAAGCUUAUUUCGUGCAAUUCUACACAUUUUUUCAUGGGGUGCAAAGAAACUUUGCAGUCUUAAAGCAAAUUGUCUUGCAAUUCUAUAUAUGUUCCCAUGUUUAAUGUGUAUUCAUGUGACAAAUACAUUUAAAAAAUGUUAGCUGACAUGGGCUAGUUGAUUUGGACAUUUUGACAAGUUACAAAUAGCUCCCUAAGGUAUGCGAAGACUAACAUGACAAGAGGAACUGAUGAUGCACUACCCAAUUUUGAAAUUACAUCUUGUGCAUUCUACUAUUAAAUGUUUCAGUUUAAAGCCGGAUUGAGUUCCUUUAAAAAAUAUAAUGUAAUAAUAUCAUU